AUGGCAAGCUCCCAGAGUCAGAAGCAUCAGCAUAAUACAUCAAGGACAACACGGCCGCGUGCGUCAACCAAAGGGCCAUUAGACUUAUCUGACGAUGACACCGUAUCAUCAGAAGAUCUAUUAUCAUCUCCUCGGUCCCCUCAAAAGUCCCAGUCGCAACAUGCCCGCUUCUCGCAUGACGCCGGCUCCUUCUCCCCUUCGAAUCCCCUAGAUCUCAGCCCAUUGAAAGUUGAACUCGACAGUAUACUCGCAAAUUAUGAGCUCUCCACAGUCGUCACAAAGGACUUUUCAUUUCUGCUACGUCCGGAAAUAUACCAUCCUCUCUCCCAACUCGAGAUCCCGCCGAUGUUUCGUUCCUCCUUCUAUAACCCUUCCAUAGGAGAGACGAUCGGAGCUUCUAUGGAAAUUCUCAACAAACAGCUUGCACAGGGGCACUUUCUUCUAGCGGCGCAUCUGAGCGCAAAGUUAUUGACAUCUCCACUCGUUCACUCUUCGGAUGCAAAUAUUAUAUUCACACUGCUAUAUACUCGCUUGGCCUGUCUAGAAUUAACGGGCAAUAGCGCAUUUGCCGCGCAAGAGUCGAAAGCUUUGGAAGAUCUCAACUCGACAUUUUAUUAUGUUGAUGCCGAUUUUAAAGUCGACAGCGACGUCCACGAUCGCGCCAGGCGGUCUUAUCAUAUCGUUCCAUGGCCCUUGCGUGUUCUUGCGGUUCGUCUUCAGAGUAUUGCGUUCGGUGACUCACGCAGGAGUAUUACGGGUUUAUAUGAGCUCGGUUUCGAGGCUCGCAGAGAACUCAUGCAGCCAGGUCUAGACAAGACACAAAAACAAACAUGGCGGGAUCGGCUCUACGAUCUUGGAGUACGCACUGUUAAUGCCCUUGUCGAAAUGGGCGAUCUAGACGCAGCCCGACGUUCACUGAGCAACUUGGGAGAUUCUAGGAAUGUUGAUAAUCAAGCAAGAUCUAUUCUCCUAGCUCUGCGGAUUGGGGAUCUUGCCCUUGCCAAAGACAUACUGGAGAAGUCUACAGUGCUACAAGAUGGGAUUUUGAAACCUUUGACAACAAUGGCUGAAGGCUUUUACGACGAGGCGACUGUACAGUGGAAGGCUUUACUUGAGAAUCCCGCACAGUUAGACAGGCCAAUGAUUGUGCAAAAUCUUGCUGUUUGCUUGUUAUAUACCGGUCAAUUGAACGAGUCUCGCUCUCUUCUAGAGUCACUCGUCUCUGAGAACCAUGGUUUUCAGAGUCUCACUUUCAAUCUAGCGACUAUCUACGAGUUGUGCUGCGACAACCCGCAGAACCGCAAAUUGGGCUUAGGGCAGAUGGUUUCCCAGCAGACCCACAAUGGAGAUAUGAAUCUCGAUCGCGCCAAUGCAGAUUUCAAGUUGUGA